AUGAUUUACCUUCUACUCACUCUUUUUGCUAUUGGAAUUUCACCUCCCGUGUUCUGUACUAUUGUACAACCGGACCAAAUUGCGAAGACUGUUUUUCUAAAUGACACUACAUUCCUUGCUUACAACUCAUCAGCUAUCAAAUGCCGGAUUGACUGUGCUGAUGCCGAAACAAUGCUUCAAAAGGAUUUUCGAUCUUUCCAAAAAGUUUGGAUGUUCAACAACACGGAAAUGUUCUCAGCCGACGACAAAACUUUUAUCGAUAGUAACCGUAGUCUUGAAUUCCAAGUGCUCAAUAUGGAAGAUACUGGAUCCUAUCAAUGUUGCAUCCGUUCUACAGAUCUCGCCUAUCAAUCAUUCGUUUGUUACAGUACUUUCUUGAUUGUCGUAGAAGAAAUGCCAGAAGAUGGAAUGAAUGCAACUGCUCCAACGACUACUGGUUUGUUCGCUUCAAAAGCUAUCAAGAAGAACUCAGUAUUUUCAGAAGCUCCGCCUCCUCCAUCAUGGAAUGUGGUUAUUGAAGAUGGAGAUAUAUUGAAUGCACAACCAGAAAACAAUUACUUUUUGAAGAUCUUCGAGGAUAACGUGACAUCAAUCCAUUGUUUAGUCAAUGAAGUAGAGAUUAAAAUCAAAACGAGCAACAAUUUUCCACCUCCACUAUACAACGAUGUCCUUAUUCAAUCCUUCAAUUUGACUGAUCAUAGUGGUGUUUAUGUCUGCAAUGGAACCCUUCAAAUCGGAAAUGAAACCACAAUUGAAAAUGUCUCAUUCACUGUAUCUCAAUCAUGGAAUGACAAUAAGAACGCGGAUUUGCUGGAUGCAAAAUUGGUCGCCGAGGCUCUUAAAUCUGCAUUCACCGUCUUCUCCUUCUUUUUUAUUUCUCUUUUCAUUCUUUUCUCCGUUUUCGGAGCUUGA